AUGAAACAAAAAUAUUCCUUGUUCUUUUUUAUUAAAAUUGCUACAUCUAUCCUUUCAAUUUGGAUAUGUCAUUUUAGCAAUGAUAUUGGUAAGAUUAACAAAUAUUUGAAUGAAAACUACACCCUCUAUGAUAAAUUACAUACAAGAUGUUAUCGAUUACUAGCACAAUGUAAACCAGUUCAAUAUUCACAUAUUAUGGGUUUAAAAGUAAAUACAAGUAAUGGAAUGAAUAAAACGAAUGAUAUAUAUAAUAAAGAAAAGGGGUUAAAUGGAAGGAACAAACAAUCAAGUUGGUGCUCGUCAAAUAGUCCGGCAUGCCACAAAAAAGAUAUAAACAAUAAUUCAUAUAUAUUUGAAAAAAAAAAAUGUUCCUACUUUGAAAAAAAUAUAUUCAAAGAACUAGAUUUUAUGGAUUUUCUUAAAAAUAACAAAACAGUUAGUGAUAAAACGUACAAAAUAGUAAUACGUAAAAAAUACGGAUUACGAAUUGCUACUCCUGUAUUAUUAUUCUUGUUGUUUUUAAUAUUGUUAACAAUAGAUUUUUCACUAGGUAUUUCAAUUCAGAAGAGUUUGCCGAUAUCAAUAGCGUCGUGGGAUCCAUUGGGAAUUUCGACGUCGGGAUGGUUUAAAAAAAUUUUUAAUGAGAUGAAAAAUCAGAAUUGGUUUUGGAAGUCCCCAUUAUGGACGAGUGAUAAUGCAGUGGCGCAAGGUAUAAAUGAAACUGCAUUAUUAGGGCGUUUUUGUGGUGUUCUAAUAUAUUUUCUACCUUUUUUUAUAUUAGGUGUUACCGUUAUAUCAGCGAUAAUAUACUAUCAUAAAAAGGUUAAAAAAUAUGAAAAAAUUAAAUUUAGAAAAAGGUAA